CCAAAAGUCCAAUGACUCGUCCGAAAUGUCCCUUCAUCAAGUUUGUCUGAUAUAAAAUUUCACUUUAGUCUUUCUAACUCUGGUGCAUAAUGGCUAAUUCGGGCCAACAAAAUACCAUUGACGAAAUAGUCAAUUUGUUCGAAAUGGUGGGCUUCAUGAAUAGGCAUGGAAUAGAUUGGAAAGGAUUAAACACACUCGAGGAACUGAAAGAGCGAGCUAAACAGGAAUUGAGAAAGAGAAAGGAGACUCAACGCUUGUCAGCAGGAAAGGUAUGAACGCUAACAUACUAAGCUCAUGAAAAUGCGGAGUUACUUUUAAGUGGAUGUCUUUCAGGUCACCAGGAACUUGCUCAGUUUUACGAAUGUAGGCAAUGAUCAAAGACGGAAGUAUCGAGGAAGUAGUUGAAAGCAAUCAUAUAAUUAGGCCGCAAACUCCACAGGGAACUAAACCGUGGUUCAUGAAAGCAGCUCAGAAGGAUAGAAAGGCUUUUUUUACUUACGAAUUGAAAAGAAAUGUACUUUUUUUAGUAUUUUCCGAACGCUUGCACUUAGUGGUGUAUGAGAGAUAUUAAGUGCUAAGGUUUAUUAAUUAUAUAUACCUCUUAUUAGCCGAGUUUUCGGCAGGAGAUUACGGACCGAGUUUUUUUCGAUCGAUUUAUGGCCCAAGCGCGAAGCGCGCGGGCCAUAAAUCGAGGAAAAAAACGAGGAUCCGUAAUUUACAGUACGGAAAGAAAAAACGAAACUAAUAAGAUGUUUAUUAUAUGGCUUCUUCCAGUUUCGGGGACCGGAAACAAGUGCAGGACGCGCGAUUUGACAAUCAUCUGACAGGCGUCAAGAAAGAAAGUUUUUAUUGGCUCACGAAAACAACAGCACACAACAAAGGGUUUCCGAGAAAGGUCCCGAGAAAGUGAAAACAAAUUCGCCUUGUUGAAAAAGUUUAUUUGGUCAAAACUAAGAGAAAACAUCUCGAAUUUCUGCCAGUCGAUUUUCGUCUUCUUAACUGUGUACUACGAUAAAAUUUUCAAACACUGACUAGAAUCCUCUUCGAUAAGAUUACGAGUUAGUUUCUUCAUCCCCUUCGUUCACAAAUAAACACACGGUUUAAAAUGUUGAGGGACAAAGUCAAAUCUAAGUCCUCAAGGUUGAUAGACGUCUUGUAACUUAAUUUCAGCCUUUUUUUUGAGGUAUAGAGAGUUAGAGCGCCGAAAUGAGCAUUUUCUUUGAAAUUUUGGUCCGUAUAGCAAGUUACGGACCGCAAAUUGACCAAUCGCAUGGCGAAAACAGACGCAGCCAUAUAAUAAGUAAAUUUAUACUUCACUGACUGAAAAGAGAAAAUUAUAAAUCAAAUUCGAUCACAGUAAUAAUUUUGGAAAAUAAUUCUCACCCAUACGUGUGCAUUACUGACGUACCACUCCCUUAGCUUUGGAAGCUACUACAUAGCCCAUGAAAUUUCUGAAUGUUUUAUACACUACAGGCUAGUUGUCAAUCACGAAACUCUUCGGUCGGCUGCUUUCAGUUCACAGUUUAUGUUUAUAGAUCAAUCUUUCCGUCUCAAAGAGAUUCUACCCAAACGGAAAAUUAGGCCGAUUUUUGAGUGUAGAAUAAUUUUCUUUGGAAAAAUCGCACCGACAAACAGUUACUUGCAAAUUACCCUUUAGAUUAUACAUCACAAUAUCUGGUAAUUUAUACUUAUUUCUUCUGCCGAAAAGACCCAGGGAGAUUCAUAACUUAUUUAACAUUUCCCCCUAUUGAUAACCAUAAUUUUGUAGUCCGACGCAAACUGCCCUUUGCUUGUUGUUUGUCAAUGAAGCUAGAUGUGCCCUAGACUUAAACUACAGAAAAGUUACGAGUCUGUCGGUAAAAUAAUCGAUAAAUCUUUAAUAUAUGCACUUUCUUUUCAGCGGGAACGAACCAUGCUAGUUAAAGUGUAAACACAGGGGCAAAUCACGCGUCAUUUCAGACACAUUUCAUUUGCGCAAUUGUUUUCUUUGUGUUUGUUUGUUCGUUUCUUUUUUUAACUGGCUUUUAGCAUUUAAAAUAGCUGGAAGAGCCGAAGCAAGACAUUCGCUAAUUAGCCCUACUUUUUACCGGCAGCCACCACAACUGGGAAUAGACGAAUCUUUGUUUACAUUUUCUGCCUCGUUAACAUACGCUCAUCAUUAUCUGAUGAAACUAAUUUAAAAUUAAAACCCCCCUGAAUAUUGAAAGAGAAUAUCGGUUUUCACAGAUAACUUAAAUUCACGAGUCAAGUAAUGGAAUUUCCUUAAAUGGCAAAAUUGAAUAAAGAUAAGAAAAAAAGACAGAAAAGAAAACGGCAAUAAUAUAUAUACAUUUAGAGGGUUUAGUGUAUAGUAUCCGGCGUGGGAUAUUCCUACGAGUCACGCUGUCUUUUGGCAAUAGUCAAGCGCUCUACCGACUGAACUAACGGCCCUGUCGCGGUUAAAAUAGAAGUACUCUAGGCUGUUGUUUAUAUAUAAUGUUAUUUAUCAACACCUCAGUUGUCCAUAACAUUGUCAACAAAUUUAGACCGGUUUUCAUAUAAUAUUUGCCUAAUUUUAAGCAGUUAAGUUUUCUUAUAUUUUAGAACAUGUUAAAACGCUUAAACCAAAAUGUUGAGAACAUAGUACUACUUUAUGACUUGUAUAGUGAUCAGAUAGUAACAAUUGUUUAUCAAGAAAAAUUGCACAACAUCUGCUUCUUUGUUAACUGUUCAUUAUAAACAACCCAAGAGCCCCUUGUCUAUCAUUAUGUAAAUACUACAUGACAGACCUGAAUUGAAGCCAUGCAAGGACUGUUAGGAUGAGAAUAUGUUCCUGCAAAACAUCGGUAACAAGUCAGCCACAGAGUCUUUUCUCUCACAGCCCAAUUCUUACUGUUACAACUAUAAAAAUUAUCGGUGGGCCUCCAGAAUUAUCUAAGCAUGAUUUAAGCAUUAAUUCAGCGGAAGAAAUGGUAGAUUGCAAAGAAUACUUGCCCUAUCAUCUUUACACAAAAAUUGCCUUUUGCAUGCAGCCCAAAAGAUUCAUAAGCGACGUUCUGGCGCUGUGCACUGCCAUCACUGCUAUCAAAAUUAUAAAGCUUUGUAACAGAAAAUUAUCUUGACCUUAGUUUUGCAAAGGAGAUGUACUUCACGUAAGCAAAAAAUACAAUAAAUUAAAAGCACAUUGUAAUAAACUUAACGCACAUAUAUCAUUUCUGUAAUGUAUAGUCCUUGAGCUUGAUUUCCGUUCCUACUGUAGCGCUGACGAUUAUCCAGAAGAAUUAAACAGACUGAUUACUCUUAAUAACGCCAUACAAGUGUCGAUUGCUCAAUCUUUAACUUUUGACCUACAGAGGCACGCAAUGGAUCUGAUCCUCAUAAUUAUAUGUGUCCUGCAUGCAAGUUUUUGCUGGCUGGGAGAUUUGGAGGGAAAAAAUGACAUGUCCUUGGAAGGAAAGUGUUGCUGGGAAAGAGACAGUGCAUUGUGUCUGAGGCGAUUUGUUGUCUACAAUACCUGCUAUGUGCUAUUGAUCAGAAACCUCUUCCCCCACCGUCCCCUCCACUGAAGGACUGAAUUUCGUCCUUAUGACCACACCCAAACUGACCAGUAAUGUCUGGACAUACGUCUGCUGGGAAACCUCCCAGUAAGUCAGGUUGGAGGGUGUAGAUGCACCUUGCUGGCUGGGAACUCUUCCAUCAGUCUUGCAGGGAGCCAGUUGAGGCGGGCAGAUAAAAUUCCUAGAAAUCUCCAGAACUGCUUAAAACGGCUUCAGAAUGCUUUAUUCAUUCUUUGUUGUUGUUUUUAGGUCUUUUUCUUAAAAUUUCUCGUUGGGUGCCCUUAAAUCUAUGUGAACAAUGGCUAACCAUUACUCCUCCUUUGAGUUUCCCAGUACGCGACAGUCGAUACAGGGGGAAAGUUGAGCGCACAACGAAGGCAAACUUUCUUUGUCAAGGCUCGUGGUCCUCGUGGAAACUUCUCAAACUUUACCUUCAAUUCUCUUCUUCACUGCUAUUGCACAAAAACAAAACAGGAUUGUUGCGAUCGACGUAGAUCAGACACGGUUUUUGGAGUUCGAGAAGGCAGAAAGUAAAAUGCUAUGCGCAGUAGAUUUUAUCUUUCAUUUGCUCUGCGCAUUCAAUUGCCUUCAGCCAAUAAGCCGAGUGGCUCUGGGGACGAGAAGGAACAUUUCUGGGAAUUGCGUUGCUAUGGUAACCUAUAAAGGCCCUGAAACCAAAAGUCCAAUGACUCGUCCGAAAUGUCCCUUCAUCAAGUUUGUCUGAUUUAAAAUUUCACUUUAGUCUUUCUAACUCUGGUGCAUAAUGGCUAAUUCGGGCCAACAAAAUACCAUUGACGAAAUAGUCAAUUUGUUCGAAAUGGUGGGCUUCAUGAAUAGGCAUGGAAUAGAUUGGAAAGGAUUAAACACACUCGAGGAACUGAAAGAGCGAGCUAAACAGGAAUUGAGAAAGAGAAAGGAGACUCAACGCUUGUCAGCAGGAAAGGUAUGAACGCUAACAUACUAAGCUCAUGAAAAUGCGGAGUUACUUUUAAGUGGAUGUCUUUCAGGUCACCAGGAACUUGCUCAGUUUUACGAAUGUAGGCAAUGAUCAAAGACGGAAGUAUCGAGGAAGUAGUUGAAAGCAAUCAUAAUUAGGCCGCAAACUUUACAGGGAACUAAACCGUGAAAGCAGCUCAAAAGAAUACAGAGGCCUUUUUACUUACGAAGUAAAAAGAAAUGUACUUUUUUAGUAGUUUUGAACGCUUGCACUUUGGUGUAUGCGAGAUAGUAAGUGCUAACUAAAGGUUUAUUAUAGAUUAUUGACGUCAUCUUAGUUGUCUUAACUCCCGUCACCGAAAAGCAGCAUAUCAUACCAUUCGCUGAACAGAUGUAAUUGUUAUUUCUUAUUUCCAUCAUCUCUAAUAUAUAGAUUUAACCAAGGUUAAAAGCGAAGCGUCCAUUUAUAUACUUUUAAUUACUUCAAACCAAAAAAUUACAACGAAUGUGUGAGCUUCAACCUAUGUAAAUCCAGAAAUUUAUGCUUCACUGACUGAAAAGAGAAAAUUAUAAAUCAAAUUCGAUCACAGUAAUAAUCUUGGAAAAGAAUUCUCACCCAUACGUGUGUAUUACUGACCCACCACUCCCCUUUGAGAAGCUAUACUACAUAGCUCAUGAAAUUUCUGAAUGUUUUAUACGGGCUGAUGGUUAUCAUUCACGAAGCUCUUCGGUCGGCUGCUUUCAGUUCACAGUUUAUGUUUAUAGAUCAAUCUUUCCGUCUUAAAGAGAUUCUACCCAAACGGUAAAUUAGGCCGAUUUUUGAGUUCAGAAUAGUUUUCUUUGGAAAAAUCGCACUGACAAACAGUUACUUGCAAAUUACCCUUUAGAUUAUACAUCACAAUAUCUGGUAAUUUAUGCUUGUUUCUUCUCCCGAAAUGACCCAGGGAGGUUCAUAACUUAUUUAACAUUUCCCCCUAUCGAUAACCAUAAUUUUGUAGUCCAACACAAACUGCCCUUUGCGUGUUGUUUUUCAAUGCGGCUAAAUGUGCCCUAAACUUAAACCACAGCAAAGUUACGAGUCUGUCGGUAAAACUAGGGUAUCUAAAAGAUAGUAAUGCUGCGGCACAUUCUGUUGAUACUGGCAUUAGUUAGGCAGUGAGACUUAAAAGAAUCAAAAAUGACAUUGAAUGUCCUAUUUACAUGUUGGAAAGUACUAGAAUAAUUACUAUCAGUCUAUAGAAAGAACUCGUGGGAACGUUGUUUAGAAAAUGAUCAAGUGGUUAUCAACUCUGGUUUUCCCACAGUAAAUUGUAGGAAAUAAUAGAAAUUCAGAUCCUUUAUCCAUAUACCUUAUUAUAGGAAAUUAACGCUCCAUGAAAUUAAGGUAUUGGAAAUUAACGCGACUUAAAUUAACGCGAAUUUAAUGCAAAACGACUUUCGAAUAAAGAAAAUUAACGCGAAGGAGGAGGUAGAAUUUCAAAAUAAAGGAAAUUAACGCGAUCAAGACAGUUGGUGGUGACAACUGGAACAAAUUUAUUUCAACACUGGAUGCAAAAAAAUUCAAAACUGGACAAAACUGAGCUGACAUCACUUCUGACAUAACUCAGUAGAAUUCGAACCCGGCACCUUCGAAUCGACGCGACUACACUGAACCACUACACCACAGAGACUGGUUACGUUGUCUUUAGGAAAAGUCUAGCUUUCAUUUUAUUCCUUUUCCAUGAAACUUCCGCCGGCAAGAUGAUCGCCAGCCGCAUUGACCGAGCUAUUAACAGUGAAAAAACAAUGUAAACGCAUAUUCCAUGGCAAUAAAUGAAUGAAAGAACAUAAUAGAGCCAUUUAUACGAGGAAAAAUAAGACGCGUCUUACAUAAGACGCGUCUUAAAUAAGACGCGAACUUUCCGUAUAAACGGCACAUUUCGUCUAAAAUAAGACGCGGCGUAGCUAAGACGCGUCUUAUUAGAUAAGACAUGCUCGUAUAAAUGGUACAGUUCGCGUCUUAUUUAAGACGCAUCUUAUAUAAGACGCGUCUUAUUUUUCCUCGUAUAAAUGGCCCUAAUUAUGCUUUUCAAAACGCCGAUACACGUCCUCGUCUGCAAAGUAGGACACAAAACAUAUGUUUUGUUAUCUCGAUUUCCGCUGUUAUUUUGAAGCGAAUGGUCAAAAUCACCUCCAUUUUCGGCUCAUACAGUUUCUUAAGAAUAGCGUUGCAUGACAUUUUCUCACUUUCACAUCACCUUCUAGCAAGCUGGAAUUUGUAUAUCCCCCGUGUUGCGGAGUCGAAGAGCAAAAAAGGCUCUUGAGUCAAUAAACGCUCUUGAAUUGAAAUCCAAUCCCCAAGUUAACCAUCGUACUCAUCUGAAAGACUCCUGCGUGUCUUAAAAUUUGGUAAGACCUCUAACCGUGCUGUAGAAAAUUUUCCACAAAGAAAACUCUAAGUCUGAGCAGCGAACGAUGCACUCUUUCACCCACCGAACUUCCCCGUGUUUUUAUUUGAGUUUUUCGUGGCGCAAUGCACUCUGGUUAAAUGCAAUGCAUUGUGGUAAAAAGUGAUGAAUUUGAGAAUUCGUCGCCCCUUAUAUAUUUCCUUUAAAUCCUGAUUAUGUUGCUGCUCGCUCCCUUCGGUCGCUCCGCAGCAAUAAUCGAUAAAUCUUUAAUAUAUGCACCUUAUUUUCAGCGGGAACCAACAAUGCUAGUUAAAGUGUAAACACAGGCGCCAAUCACACGCCAUUUCAGACAUUUCAUUCACGCAUCAUUCUGACGCAGUCCGCGAAAGGAAAAAAGUUUGCGUAACAGUUUACAAAACUGACUGACAAUCAAAACGUGAAUAAAACUUCAGUGAAAGAUGUACAACACCAACACUUUUCGUUCAAGAGAGCAAGUAGAGUGACUGAAUUGUUUCCCAAAACUUUGUUUUCUUUGUGUUUGUUUGUUCGUUUCUUUUUUUAGCCGGCUUUUAGCAUUCAGAAUAGAUCAAAGAGCCGAAGCAAGACAGACACACAGUGCAUUCGCUAAUAGACCUUGUCACGGUUUUCCGACGCCAUCUUGACGAGUAGGCAAACACAUGAGAAAUUACAGUGUUUGUAUGAGAAUCUAAUGUCUAAUGGUUUGAUGAAUUGUAGACUAAAGCUUUUGAGGGCGUUAUAUAAGCUAGAAGACCUAGAUCCUUUUUUAAAAUUUUCUAUACAGUUUUCUAUAAAAAUUUCCUGGGAAAAAUUGCAGAGUGAAAUAUAUGGAAAAUCUAAAGCAAGCUUCUUGAGAAAUUUAAGUACAGUAACGGCCCCCAAAAUAUGUUAGUAAAAUCCUUUGCUGUGUAGCUUUAGUUUGCAAUUCAAAUUGUUUUUCAGAACAGCUGUUUUACGGAAAUUAUUCGACAUUGGACUUCUCAUCAUAAACACUGUAAUUUCUCACGCGUUUUGCGUACUCGUCAAGAUGGCGUCGAAAACCGUGACAGGGUGUAUUAUCCUUACCUUUCAGCGGCAACCACUACAACUGGGUAUUCUAUAAAACAUUCUUCUUUUCAUUUGCAAGUUUGUGUAUAUUAAACGCGACGCCAUUGACAUCGUCUCUCUGUCUCAGAUCUUUAAUAAGACCUACAUCACAUGAAAUGUCGUGACAAAACUAAAACGAGACAAAAACUGUAAAAAUUGUUCAGGCUCACCUUGAAUAGAGCUCCUGAAAGCGAGGUGAGGUAAAAAACUUUUCCUGUACUCUGCUGUAAAAGCUUGCAUGUUCAACUUUUCCGUGGCAAAGCUAUUCUCGACUCAAAAACCAAAUAAACAAAUCAGCUUGGAAUAACAGAAAAAUCUUGAUAGCAGCUGUAAAUAUUCUCAGCUGUAUUUUGUGGCAGCAGUGAAAGAACACGAAGAAUAAACGUUUGAAAUGUUCAAAGAUUUUUCCUGUAGUCCGCCGUAAGAGGUCGUAAAGAGCAUCCAUGCACAUUACAAACGCAGCCGUCGAUGAGUCCUUUAUUUUGCGACCUCCUCGAAGAUUAAAUAAACAAUUCAGUUUUGAGAAACAGGACUAAUGUAUUAUCUUUAUCUUUGGUCCAUCUAGCAACUGAAUUUUGAAUUUUGGAAUUCAGCCCGCUCGAUUUUCAACCUGUUUUGGGCAGUUUGAAUAAGAAGGUACUCACUUGACAAAACACACAUAAUUUACUUUAUAAAGCGGUGUUUUAAUGACCAGUAAUACAAACAGUACUCCUCAAGAACUUCGAUCGUAUAAAUCAUACAGAUGGAAUAUUAAGUUCAAGCUUUUCUAAAAAUCCUGCCAACAACACUGCUAUAGGUUUGAUUGAUUUAGCUAAGUAGAAAUGAGCUUAUACUUUCUGAUUCGUUUCGAUUCUAAGCAUUGAAGAGAUUCCAGCAGUUGAACUUAACAACUACCUAAGCAAAUUCAUAUUCGCUGCAAGAACAAAAAAAGGCGAAGAGUACGGACCUUCUUCACUUAGAGAAAUUUUGUCGAGUGUUGAGCGCCACCUUCGUCGCGCCAGUUAAGGGAAAUCUAUUAUCAAAGACAACGAUUUUCAAAAGACACGAGAUUAUAUGCCCUUAAAGCAAAACAGAAAGAACUGAAACGACAAGGGAAGGGCAAUAAUCCCAAAGCAACCACAGCUUUAAGCGACGAAGAGAUUCAUAUUCUUUAUAGCAAGAAGGUAGCAAGAAGGUGCUUGGAUUGAGCUCUCCACAAUCUCUCGUAAACACUGUGUGGUUGAACAACAUGCUACAUUUCGGUUUACGUGGAUGCAAAGAGCAGACAGAACUGCAAUGGGGAGACUUCGCUCUUAAAUCAGAUAGUGAAGGAAGACAAUACCUUGAGUACUCUGUUGAACGGCAAAAAAAGACUAGACCUGGAGAAAACCCGAGGAAUCAACGUCAAGUGAAGCUGCGCAGGGGGGGAUCCAGGAUUUUUUUUAGGAGGGGGUGCACUCGUCUCUUGCUCAAAUUCAACACCAAUAAACCCCUUUUUUUUUCUGCAGAAUACCAGUUGUAUUAGAAAACCGCAGGUCAUCUCAGGGGGGGAGGGGGGGCUGUGCACCCCCUGCACCCUCCUCCUAGAUCCGCCCCUGCUGCGUAUGUAUCAAAACCAAACCGCCAAGUCGGCUGAACGAGACCCCGUUCAGAUUUACAAAGCCCACAAAGAUAAGCGCCCAGAAAACAUGUUGAAGCAAGACUCACCGUUCUACUUGGCUGUAAACUACUUCAAGACUGAAGGCGAAUUAAAGUCAGAAGGCUCAAAAUGGUUUAAAUCUCAGCCAUUGGAUGUUAACCAGCUCAACAGCUUGAUGAAAGAAAUGACCGAAACGGAGGAAAUCUUUGUGAAGACAAUUAAUCACAGUAGAAGGAAAACACUAGUUCAAAAACCACAAGAUAAUGAUGUGUCGCCGAAUCAGAUCGUUCAAAUAACUGGCCAUAAAAAUCUACAAUCAAUUAAUAAUUACAGCUCGUUAAGAGAAAGACAAAUGGAGAACAUUUCGAAAAUUUUGUCAUCCUCAUCAUCAACAACGAAUGCCGUACUGCCGGCAAUAC